GCCAUGUUGAGUCCGGGGGAGAGUCUAUCAUCAGAGGGCAGCAGCCCAUUGUUACCGCCCCGCCUAGGUCUGCCCGAGAGCAACAUGGGACACAGGGCCGGGGCUGCCUGGGAGAUGGAGAACACCAAGCCCUGCAUGGAGGCUCUGGAGCAUUGCGGCUUUCCAGGCCUCUACCUGUCCUGCUUCGACAUGCUCUUUACCGAGGACUCCGCCUGGCUGGUGAAGGUGUCCGAGGCCUUCCCGGGUCUGGCCUGCGCCAUGCCUGUCCCUGUACCCAGGAUGGCACACGGGGAGGAGCCAGAGCAGUGCCCUGUCAUCGACAGCCAGGCCCUGGGGCUCUCCCCGGGGCUAGAGGGCCAGGAGGAGGAGCGCUCCCUGGAACAAGUCCAGAGCAUGGUGGUCGGAGAGGUUCUGAAGGACAUCGAGACGGCCUGCAAGCUGCUCAACAUCACCCCAGACCCCAUGGAGUGGAACUCGGGGAACGUUCAGAAGUGGUUGCUGUGGACAGAGCAUCUGUACAGACUGCCUCAGGCUGGAAAGACCUUCCAGGAGCAGACUGGGAAAGACCUGUGUGCCAUGAGUGAAGAGGACUUCAGGCAGAGGGUCCCUCAGUGUGGAGACACUCUGCACGCCCACCUGGACAUCUGGAAGUCAGCUGCCUGGAUGAAAGAGAGGUGUUCAGUUGGAGACAGCAAAAUCACAGGCGGAGAAGAGCUGUGGUUGGAGGCAGACUCGUCGUGCUCAGGCCAGCCCAUCCACCUGUGGCAGUUCCUCAGAGAGCUGCUCCUCAAGCCCCACAACUACGGACGCUGCAUCCGCUGGCUCAACAAGGAGAAAGGUAUUUUCAAAAUCGAGGACUCUGCUCAUGUGGCGAGACUCUGGGGACGGAGGAAGAACCGUCCAGCGAUGAACUAUGACAAGCUGAGCCGCUCCAUACGGCAGUACUACAAGAAGGGCAUCAUCCGCAAGCCUGACGUCUCCCAGAGACUGGUCUACCAGUUUGUCCACCCAGUAUAAGGGGAAGGAGGAGGACAAAGGCCUACAAAGAAAGGGCCACACGAUCACACCUUUGUCUUGAACAUUACACAACUGAGCUGAAAAGGGGUACAACACAAGCACUGGCCAACCCCUGUCAGUACACAUACCCUUUGCCAGUACUGAAGUGUCAGCUGCCAAAGCUGGCAAAUUAAGAUUUUAUUUUUUUAACGCAGAGAAGAAAUUUGAGACAAACAUUUUAAGUGAUCUUUCUCUGGACUGCCCCCCCACCCCUGCCAUCUGAACUGCCUUUUUAUUUUGCAUGAUCUGCCUGUCCUUGUUUUCCUAUUGUGUCAUUUAACCAAUAAUCAGUAUCUUAAAACAACACUGUAGAAUGAAGAACAGUUUGUUGUUUGUUAAUUUAUCAGAUCUGGUCCCCGUCCUUAGUCUGGGAAUGUAUUUAGGAGUUUUGCUUCAGUAGCGUUCAGUUCUGGCAGUUAUCCAGAGGAGCAAACAGCUCCCUCUUUUUUUAUUAAAUCACAUGGCACACUUCGGAAUUCUCCCGAAAGGCAUUUACAAUAGAGAAUUAGAGCAGUUCACUGAACCUGAAUGGGAGUGCAUCAACAACUCCCUGACAAUAAACUCAAACAGCCACCACAGUCAUUCGACCCUCUCCUAUAUGCACGCUCCAUUAACCCACAGUGGCAAGAAAAAGUAUGUGAACCCUUUGGAAUUACAUGGAUUUCUGAAUAAAUUGGUCAUAAAAUUAGACAAACACAGUCUGCUUAAACUAAUAACACAAACAAGUAUACGUUUUCAUGUCUUUAUUGAACACAACAUGUACACAUUCACAGUGUAGGGUGUAAAAAGUAUGUGAACCCUUGCAUUUAAUAACUGGUUGAACCUCCUUUGGCAACAAUAACCUCAACCAAACAUUUUCUGUAGUUGCCGAUCAGACCUGCACAGCUGUCAGGAGGAAUUUUGGACCAUUCCUCUUAACAAUACUGUUUCAGUUCAACAAUAUUCUUAAGAUAUCUGGUGUGAACCGUUCGAGGUCAUGCCACAGCAUUUUAAAUCGGGAUGAGGUCAGGACUCUGACUGGGCCACUCCAGAAGGUGUAUUUUCUUCUGUUGUUGAUUUACUUCUGUGCUUUGGGUCGUUGUCCUGUUGCAUCACCCAGCUUCUGUUGAGCUUCAAUUGGCGGACAGAUAGCAUUACAUCCUCCUGCAAAAUGUCUUGAUAAACUUGGGAAUUCAUUUUUCCAUCGAUGAUAGCAAGCUGUCCAAGCCCUGAAGCUGCAACGCAGCCCCAAACCAUGAUGCUCCCUCCACCAUACUUUACAGCUGGGAUGAGACCUAGAUGUUGUUGUGCUGUGCCUUUUUUUCUCCACAGUGUUGUGUGUUCCUUCCAAACUUUAGUUUAAUCUGUCCACAGAAUAUUUUGCUGUGCAACAUCCAGGUGCACUUUAGUAAACUUCAGACGUGCAGCAAUGUUUUUUUUGGACAGAAGUGGCUUCUUCCGUGGUGUCUUCCCAUGAACACCAUUCUUGUUUUGUGUUUUACGUAGACUCGUCAACAGAGAUGUUAGCAUGUUCCAGAGAUUUCUGUAAGUCUUUAGCUGACACUCUAGGAUUCUUCUUAACCUCAUUGAGCAUUCUGCACUGUGUUCUUGCAGUCAUCUUUGCAGGACGGCCACUCCUAGGGAGAGUAGCAACAGUGCUGAACUUUCUACAUUUAUAGACAUUUUGUCUUACUGUGGACAGAUGAACAUCAAAGCUUUUAGAGAUACUUUUGUAACCCUUUCCAGCUAAAUGCAAGUCAACAAUUCUUAAUCUUAGGUCUUCUGAGAUAUCAUUUGUUCGAGGAAUGGUUCACAUCAGGCAAUGCUUCUUGUGAAUAGCAAACUCAAAUUUUGUGAGUGUUUUUUAUAGGGCAAGGCAGCUCUAACCAACAUCUCCAAUCUCGUCUCAUUGAUUGGACUCCAGGUUAGCUGACUCCUGACUCCAAUUAGCUUUUGGAGAAGUCAUUAGCCUAGGGGUUCACAUACUUAUUCUAACCUACACUGGGAUUUUGUUUAUUCUGUAUUCAAUAUAGACAAGAAAAAUACAAUAAUGUGUGUGUUAUUAGUUUAAGCACACUGUGUUAAUCUAUUGUUGUGACUAAGAUGAAGAUCAGAUCAAAUUUUCCGACUACUUUAUGCAGAAAUCCAGGUAAUUGUAACAAGUUUUAAUGACUCCAACCUAAGUGUAUGUAAACGUCCGACUUCAACUGUGUAUAUAUAUAUACAGUUGAAGUCGGACGUUUACAUGUUUUUCAACCACCACAACUUUCUUGUUAACAAACUAUUGUUUUGGCAAGUCGGUUAGGACAUGUACUUUGUGCAUGACAAGUAAUUUUUCCAACAAUUGUUUACAGACAGAUUAUUUCACUGUAUCACAAUUCCAGUGGGUCAGAAGUUUGCAUACACUAAGUUGACAGUGCCUUUACACAGCUUGGAAAAUUCCAGAAAAUUAUGUCAUGGCUUUAGAAGAUUCUGAUAGGCUAAUUGACAUCAUUUGAGUCAAUUUGAGGUGUACCUGUGGAUGUAUUUCAAGGCCUACCUUCAAACUCAGUGCCUCUUUGCUUGACUUCAUGGGAAAAUCAAAAGAAAUCAGCCAAGACCUCAGAAAAAAAUUGUAGACCUCCAUAAGUCUGGUUCAUCCUUGGGAGCAAUUUCCAAACACCUGAAGGUACCACGUUAAUCUGUACAAACAAUAGUAGGCAAGUAUAAACACCAUGGGACCAUGCAGCCGUCAUACCGCUCAGGAAGGAGAAGCUUUCUGUCUCCUAGAGAUGAAUGUACUUUGGUGCGAAAAGUGCAAAUCAAUCCCAGAACAACAGCAAAUGACCUUGUAAAGAUGCUGGAGGAAACAGGUACAAAGUAUCUAUAUCCACAGUAAAAUGAGUCCUAUAUCGACAUAACCUGAAAGGCUGCUCAGCAAGGAAGAAGCCACUGCUUGCAUCUGCACAUGGGGACAAAGAGCAUACUUUUUGGAGAGAUGUCCUCUGGUCUGAUGAAACAAAAACAGAACUGUUUGGCAAUAAUGACCAUUGUUAUGUUUGAAGGAAAAAGAGGGAGGCUUGCAAGCCGAAGAACUCCAUCCCAACCGUCCCAAGCACAGGGGUGGCAGCAUCAUGUUGUGGGGGUGCUUUGCUGCAGGAGGGACUGGUGCACUUCACAAAAUACAUCAUGAGGAAGGAAAUUUAUUUGGCUAUAUUGAAGAAACAUCUCAAGACAUCAGUCAGGAAGUUAAAUCUUGGUCGCAAAUGGGUCUUCCAAAUGGACAAUGACCCCAAGCAUACUUCCAAAGGUGUGGCAAAAUGGCUUAAGGACAACAAAGUCAAGGUAUUGGAGUGGACAUCAAAGCCCUGACCUAGAUCCUAAUGAAAAUGUGUGGGCAGAACUGAAAAAGCAUGUGCAAGCAAGGAGGCCUAGAAAACUGACUCAGUUACACCAGCUCUGUCAGGAGGAAUGGGCCAAAAUUCACCCAACUUAUUGUGGGAAGCUUGUGGAAGGCUACCCAAAAUGUUUGACCCAAGUUUUAAAAAAUUAGGCAAUGCUACCAAAUACAAAUUGAGUGUAUGUAAACUUCUGACCCACUGGGAAUGUGAUGAAAGAAAUAAAAGAUUCUCUGCUAUUAUUCUAACAUUUCACAUUCUUAGAUAAAGUGGUGAUCCUAACUGAACUAAGACAGGGAGUUUUUACUAGGAUUAAUUGUCAGGAAUUGUGAAAAACUUUGUUGAAAUGUAUUUGGCUAAGGCGUAUGUAAACUUCCGACUUUAACUGUAUAUAUAUUUUAUUAUUAUAUGUUUUUUAAAUGGCUGUAUAUAAUGAAAAUCGA